AUGGCUUAUAACAAGUUGUCUAUUGUGAUCUCAUCGGAAUGGACUACAUUUUGGCUCCUCAAACUCGCUUAUUUGAUAUUCCAUCUAUCAUUUUCUCUCUUGUCUACCUCUGCAGUCGUCUACACAGUUGCUUGUAUCUAUACUGGUAAGGAAAUCACUUUUAAAAAGAUCAUGAGCGUGGUUCCAUAUGUUUGGAAGAGGCUAUUUGUUACUUUCCUAUGUAAUAUUGGCGUAAUCUUUGUAUAUAACCUUGUCUGGUUGAUAGAAUCAAGCGUAGUUGUUCUCGUAUGGUACACAUUAAUUUUUCCAGACGGCUCACCAUAUGGUGUCAUAGUCCGGAAAAUAAUUGUAUGCAUAAUCCUAAUAACAUACCUUCUCGGGUUUGCUUAUAUCAGUGUAAUAUGGCAAUUAGCAAGCGUUAUUUCCGUGUUAGAAGAUACUUAUGGGAUUCAAGCAAUGCUGAAGAGCAAAGACUUGAUCAAGGGUAAAAUCGGAAUUGCAAUUUCAAUGUUCUUGAUUUUCAACUUUUGCUUGUUGGGAAUAGAGAUUUUGUUUGAGAUAUCAAAGGUGAUUAAUUGGGCAGUUGGAAUUGGAGGGGAAAUUAGUUAUGGAAUGAUGUGUUUAGUGUUGUUGACUUGGCUCUUUCUGUUUGGCCUUGUUGUUCAAACUGUUAUUUACUUCGUGUGCAAGUCUUACCACCACGAGAGAAUUGACAAGUCCUCGUUGGCUGAUCAUCUUGGAGAAUAUGUUCCUUUAAAUUCUAAGUACGUACAAUUGGAUUUGGAGCUAUUCAAUGUGUAA